CGGCCCCCCCGGGCCCUGCCCCCCCCGUGCUGACCCCCGCCCCCCCCCCGGCCGGGCCAUGGAGCGGUACCGGGGGCUGACGGACACGGAGCUCAUCGCCAUGCUGCAGCGCUACGGCAUCCCGCACGGGCCCGUCGUGGGAUCGACCCGGAAGCUCUACGAGAGGAAGAUCUGCGAAUACGAGAGCCAGCGCACCAGGCUGUCACCCUCGGUGGGGGCUGGGAGCUACUCAGGUCCUGGCACCACCGAGACCUACAUCCGGGAAUCCUACAGCUACCCCCGGCAGGAGGAGCGGCGCGGCUAUGGGGCGGACGACUCCAGCCCCACCAGGAUGUACACGCGGGAGCUGUAUGAUUUCCCUCGUCGUGAGGGUCGCACCGGCUACCUGGGGGAUGAUGUGGACACCGAGUCCUACGAAGAAUCUUCCUCCUCUUCCUCCUCCUGGCUCUCUGGUGCAGCCCCAAGUCGCCUGGGGGAAGCCACCACCCGCCAGCCAAUCGGAGAGGCCGCAUCCUACACCCCGAGCAGGACGGAGGAGACUGAGAGGGACGGCAUCUCCUACCAGCGGGUCUGCCGGGCCCGCCCUGCCCCGCCCCCCAUGCGGGUGGAGCCACGCCGUGCCAUCCACCCCCUGCCCCGCGGAGGCCCUGGGGGGGGCACAGGGGGAGGCUCCCGGCGCUACCUGCCUCUCUGGCUGCAGCUGCUGCUCUUCGGCGCGCUCGCAGCCUUCCUGGUGUACGUGUACUGCGCCCUGCAGGGCGGCGCCGAUGACAACCCGUUCAAGCAGCACCUUGACGAGUGAGAGGGGCCCCCUCCCCCCAGGGCCCACGGCCCGUCCUGUCUCCCAGCCCCCCCGGCCACCCUGUCCCUUCUCUCAGCCCCCCAGUCCUGUCCCCCAGGGGGUCCACAUCUCAGCUCUCAGCCCCUCUCCUGUCCUCCUCUCCCACUCCCCCAGGGAACGCUGUCUUCUCCUGGCAUCCAUGGCCCUGCCCCCCAAUUCUGACAGCUCUCCCCCCACUUCCUGCUCAGGGAUGGUUAUGGGGGAGGGGCCCGCCAGCAGGCUGGGGUCCCUGCUGGUGCCUGGUGUGUUUAUGUAGGGCCUAUGCUAAGUGCCUCCUGGCUCCGCCCUGCCCUGUGCCUAGCCUGGGGGGGGGUAUUGCUACCCCAUCCCCCGCAGGGGUUAACACUAUGGUGGGGGAGGGGCUGUAACCAGGGUGGGGAUGGACACACACACUCCAGCCCCUCCUUUAACUUCCUAAUCCAGGCUCAUCUCUACCCCCCCCCCCCCCGAGUUGUUCCACUCCUUUUUGGGGGGGGGGGGAGGAAUUAGUCUACUUCCCCUCCCCCCAAAUAUGUCCUGUCCCCUGCCGGGGGAAUCAGUCUCAAAGGGGUAAACAGUUGCCAAGUGGUGCUGCUUAGCUUUUGUAAUCUGCUUGGCGGGGGGGGGGUGUCGCUGCAUUUUCCUAGCCAAGGGGGUUGCUUUUGAAACAAACCAGCCGUGGGGGAGCCACUCAAUAAAAUUGGGGCUUUUUUUGGUUGUUUUGUAAAA